CAUCCCAUCACAUCAUUCGCAAUGGCUUCCACCGAUUACAAGUUUGAGGGCUGGAUGGCUCUCGAGCCCAAGGCCGCCGAGGGCAACAUGGUCUGGCAGGAGUUCGAGCCCAAGCCCUGGGAGGAGACCGAUAUCGACAUCAAGAUCACCCACUGCGGUAUCUGCGGUUCUGACAUGCACACCUUGAGAAGCGGCUGGGGUCCCACCAACUACCCUUGCUGUGUCGGUCACGAGAUCGUCGGUGUUGCCGUCCGCGUCGGCUCCAAGGUCGAGGGUGGCAUCAAGGUUGGAGACCGUGUCGGUGUUGGUGCUCAGAGCGAGUCCUGCAUGGGCCGCAACGGCGACUGUGAGGCUUGUGCCUCUGGUCUCGAGCAGUACUGCCCCAAGUCUAUGGUUGGCACGUACAACGGCGUGUACGCCAACGGCGGCAAGUCGUACGGUGGAUAUGCCACCUACAACCGCGUUCCUUCCCGCUUCGCUGUCAAGAUCCCCGAUGCCAUCCCCUCCGCCGUCGCUGCUCCCAUGCUUUGCGGUGGUAUCACCACUUACUCCCCCCUGAAGCACUUCGGCUGCGGCCCCGGCAAGCGCGUCGGUAUCAUCGGUGUUGGUGGUCUCGGCCACUUCGGUAUCAUGUUCGCCAAGGCCCUCGGUGCCGACAAGGUCGUUGCCAUCUCCCGCAAGGCCAACAAGAAAGAGGAUGCUCUGAAGCUCGGAGCUGAUGCCUACAUCGCUACCGAUGAGGACUCCGAGUGGGCUCAGAAGAACUCUCGCUCCCUCGACCUGAUCAUCUCCACCGUUUCUUCCUCCAAGAUGCCCAUCACCGACUACGUCCAGCUGCUCGACCGCGACGGUGCUUUCGUUCAGCUCGGUGUCCCCGAGGACGGUUCCCUCUCCAUUCCCGCCCCUGCUCUGAUCUUCAAGCGUGUCAAGUUCAGCGGCUCCCUCAUCGGCUCUCCCAGCGAGAUCCGCGAGAUGCUCGAGUUGGCCGCGGAGAAGAACGUCCGCACUUGGGUCGAGGAGCGUCCCAUGAAGGAUGCCAACACUGCCAUUGUCGACAUGGAUGCUGGCAAGGCCAGAUUCCGUUACGUUCUCUGCAACGAGCAGUAG